GGUCACGAUCGACUCUAGCUCUAUAAACGCAGAAUAUUAUAAUUUGAUCGUUUGAUCAUCGAUCGAUAUCUAUCGCAAAAUUUAACUUUAUCAAUAAUUUUCUUAAAAUGGUGCUUGUUUGUAAAGUUGUGUGUGAAUUGUAUCAGAAGUCAUAGAGGAUAAUUCAUUGCGGUUUAGUAUUUGGAUGGAUGGACACUUCUACCGUAGUGAUCUACACUAGGGGUAUGACAUGACUGGAAUAUCACAGUCUCCUUUCCAGCUUGUUCCAUGCUCUCCAUGUAUCGGAAGAGAUCUUACCAAACAUUCACAAGCAGUACCUUCGACUCCAGAUACUACCGAUCGUAACCCACAAGAAAGUCCACUGGUAGAUUUAGCAUCUCGUGGCGUACCAGGCACACCCGUUCCCCAAAGUACAGUUCAUGCGCAAAUAUCUCAGGCUACACCAAGCAUGGAUUCAGGUGAACAGAUCGUACCACGUGUUACCACACCUAUAAGCGGUGGGUUUAGAAUACCGACAUUCCGUACACCUCAAGAAAGGAGUAAGCCGUCUUUGAGACGUGCAAAUCAGCGACGGCGCAUCGAGAACUUGAAUCGGAGCCCUCCGAGGACCAGGGAAAUUGAUCUGUUCAAUGGAGAGGAUAUAUUUGAAUAGGUCAUCGGGACGAGACAAUCACUCUGAUCAUUACACAUGAGGUAAAGAAUGAAACGCCCACUUGAAGAAUACUCGAGACGUUUCGUCCCGUUGUAACCUCCUUUUUGCUUCUCUCUCCCUUUUUUGUCUUCUUUUUGUAACUUAAUGAUCACCAGGUAAUUCAAAGGCGAUAAGAGCCAUGUUUAUCACUACUAUUCUGUUUGAAAUGCUUUGCUUUGGCAUUUAAACAUAAUUGAAUUAAUGAUAUUUUAGUCUUGUUGGUCUUAAGAAUAGAUGAUCACAACGGUAUUUACGUUAACCAAUUUAUAUUUGACGGUUGGGCGUGUAAUCUUUUGCACUGAAAGAACUGUUCUAAAGAAUGUAAUAUACUCAUACAAUGUGUUACUUCAAGAUCUGGAGGAAUCUUUGGUUUUGUAAACAUCUUUUUUGUCAUGAUACAGUUUUGUGUAUUUAUCAAAGUUUACUUCUCGGCACCACCCCAUUGAUACUUUUCUGCGUAUGAGUAAGCAUACAAAUUGUCUUGCAAUCUAUUAUCAAAUAAAGAAAACCUAGAUGUUUUCAUUUCCGAGGAUAAUUUACAAGGUAGUUUUCAUCGAUAAAUAGGUCAACACGACAGUAUUGAAAAAUGGAACAACUUAUUAACAGUUCCACAUCAAAUACUAUGAUA